UGAGUGUGAGCAUGAUUUGGACUGUAUUUAUAUCUUAGCCCUGCAAUAGACUGGCAACCUAUCUAAAAUGUACUGUAUGUAAUUUGUUUCUUAUCCUAUGGAAUGGGUUUUCAAAUUUGACAACUUUACUACAAUCAAGCUCAUGAACUUUGCACUAUUUGUCAGUAAUGUUUGUGUGUGUGCACACAUUUAUAUAUUUGAGUGUCUCCUCGUUCAACCCCUUCAGUCUAACUUUACUAUACUAGCAUUUUAAAAACAGGUAUGGAAAAAACUCAAACUCAUUGUGAAAUUGUAUUAUUACACACAAAUAACUGACUUGCACUUGCACUAUUUCAUUCACAUUUGUUCUUAUUCACUUUGAAAUAAAAAAAACAACAACAUCUUUUCAGUGUGAAACUCUUUAGUGUGAACUUCGUAAACACUAACUGUCCUCUUCCAUAACCCCUUACCACAGAACCAUGAAACUAACUUAAGCUAAAAUUUUAAGAUGAGUUUGAAAGGUAAUAAUGAAUCCAAGGCAAUUAUCAGCAGAAGCUCUGUUUCACAAUUACUGUAUCUCUUUUAAUCUGUACGUGGGCAAAAUGUUCUCAACAAUAUCUCUAUAAAAUUCAGACAGUGAAAGUGCAACAAAGUGCUGUAGGAGGGUCGGGUGAAGCAGGAAGUUUUUCAACUAGGGGUCUGCAGUUUACAUCUGGCACUUUUUUAUUCUUUGUUUCCACUCACUGAUUUGUUUUUUUUCCCCUCAGUUUUCUUGUUAGGAUUCAUUACCCACCAAAAAUACUUGGUUAGGGUUAGGAGGUGGUUUGAGUUAAUAUAUGACUAUGAAAAUGGAUAUAAAUGGAAAUGAGAAAGAGAAAAGUCUUGCCCAGCUCACAGUCCCAAUAGCAACUGAUGCACUACAGCACUUUUUAUGUAGAUGUCCUAAGUGUGAAACUAAUAAAUAAUAAUAAAAUGAGGUAACACUGAAUCUGGAACAAUAACUAAGAUCACACAAAGUCUUCACAUUUUCCUCUUCUGAUUUCCAUAUGAGGAAACUGUUGUAAACAAAGUAUGUGUUGUACUACUGUAAACAGCCCACUAUAAGAAAACCAAUAAGAGAGUCACACAUAAAUUAAGAUAAGUGUGUUGCUGUUGGUGUUUUAUGUAUUGAGGCUUUUGGCAUGGCAUAUUUCCAUUGUGGUAGUGCAGUGAGAAGCCAAUAAGACUCCUCUAAAAAUUGUUCCCUCCCAUUUGAUACGGUUAAAUGUAGACAAAUCCUUUCAUAAUGCAGCUUCAAACGCCUGCUGUCUCAAGAGGAAAAAAAAUAACAUGCUGAUAAUUUUUUAUAUACUGCUCCUGAUCAAUACUGGGCGAUGCUCAGAUCAUCAGAUCUUUGACACCAAAAAUGUUGAUGUUGGGCAAAAUGUGACUCUAAUUUGUUCCCGGGAUCAUCGUUGGCAUUUUACAAACUUAUUUUGGAUCAGACUUGCUGCUCAGAAAUUUCCUGAAAUUUUAGGGUCAACAAUAUCUCAUAAUUCUCCGACAAUUGAAAAGACUCAUCAUAUUACUACAAAACAAGAGCCUGGAACUUUUGUUCUACAUAUCAACAGAGCACAGUUAACCGAUACAGCUGUUUAUUACUGCAUCAAAGAAAGGCAGCGCAAGAUGACAUUUCUGAAAGGAACUUUUCUAAGAAUCAAAGGACCUGACCCAGGCAUCACUGGUGUUACUCAAGACUCUUUGUCUAAUCCAGUCCAUCCAGGAGACCCAGUAACUCUGCAGUGUUCAGUCCUCUCUAAUUCUGAGAACAGAACAUGUACAGAAGAUCACAGUGUGUACUGGUACAGAGCCAAACCAGAUGAAUCUCAUCCUAGUUUAAUUUAUAGUCAAGGAAACAAUGGUUAUUACUGUGAGCGGAGUCCUGAGGCUCCCUCCCAACAGAAAUGUGUCUACAGCUUCUCCAGGAACGUCAGCUCGUCUGAUACGGGAACUUAUUACUGUGCUGUGGCCACAUGUGGAGAGAUACUUUUUGGAAAUGGAACAAAACUUGAUAUCGAAGUUCCAGUUGUCCAUCAUUGGAAUCUGCAGAAGGCCAACACAGUUCUCUUUCUGCUAUGUGUUGCUCUCAGCAUAAGCCUGAUUGUUAUAGCCUUCCUCAUUUACACUAUGAAAGAAAAACACAAAACCUCUGCUGCUGCUUCUCUACAAACAAAUACAGAAACAACUAGGGAAGAACAACAAAUUCAGCAAAGAGAUGAGGACUCACUGGCUUAUGCUGCACCAACAUUUACCAAGAGAAACACUCGCAAAGCAGAGAGAAGGAAUGCAAGAGCAACAGAGAAGAUUUGUAUUUACUCUGAUGUCAGAGCUUUUGAGUGUGGAAAAACUGAUGCUUAAGCAAAGCCUGUCUCCCUGAGACAAAUUGCCAGCUGUGGCAACUAUUAUAUGUAUUAUGUUUGUAUUUGUGACGACUGUACAUAAAAUAUGAAUAAUGAGCUGACUUACCUUCAAUAACUGAAGAGAAUUCAAUUAGAAAAAUAAAAUCCAUCUUCACUUUGGACUGAUAUUUAUAUUUCAUGCUCAGACUCCGCAUCUGUCUGGAUAUUAAAAGUGGAAAAGAAAAACACUGAAAUGAUGAAUAAGUGAAAGUAAGUCUAGUAUGUCUUCAUACAUGAAGUUUGGUUUGGAACAACUACAAGACAACACAUCUUCGUAUUUAGUAUUUUUUAAAAUCAUGUCCCAUUUUUUCACUCUUUCUUGUUUUGCUUUGUGGCCGCUGUAAAAGAAAUAAAGAAAUCUGCACAGAAAAUUCUAAAACGCUAUUUUGUUGUGUGAGCUCUUUGUAUCUUUAACUGUUUAUGUCAGGUGUUCAGAAAAUAACUAUGUGGCACCUGUUUGAACCUCUUUGCUUUGUGAUUACAGGUUUUUUCUAUCAGCCUGCAUUACAUAUAUUUUACAUCUGUUCAGGAGGAUUAUGCAGAAGUUUUAAUAAAACAUUCAAAUGAUAACUGAAGCAUGCUUGGUUUCUCAGGUUUCCACCACAGACUGUAAAUAAUUUGU